GUAUGGAACCAGUUCUUUGUUCUGGAGGAGUACACCGGAGAUGAGCCGCUGUACGUUGGGAAGAUCCACUCUGACAUGGAUAAAGGUGAUGGUCAGGUGAGGUACGUCUUGAAUGGUGAAGGAGCAAAGUCAAUUUUCACCAUCGAUGAGAACACAGGAGACAUUCAUGCCACCAAGAGGCUGGACCGGGAACAGCAGGCGUACUACACCCUGAGAGCGCAAGCUCGAGACCAAAAUACCAACCUGCCCAUCGAACCUGAGUCCCAGUUCGUCAUCAAAGUCCAGGACAUCAAUGACAAUGAACCCAAGUUCCUGGAUGGACCGUACACCGCCAGGGUGGCUGAGAGGUCUCCAGUAGGUACGUCAGUAGUGACGGUUGUGGCAACAGAUGCUGAUGAUCCCACUUAUGGAAACUCUGCCAGAGUGGUUUACAACAUCCUGCAGGGUCAGCCAUACUUCUCUGUGGAGCCAAAGACGGGUGUGGUGCGGACGGCUCUACCUGACAUGGACCGGGAGGUGCGAGACCGUUACCUGCUGGUCAUCCAGGCCAAAGACAUGAAGGGUCAGAUGGGAGGUCUGUCAGGAACCACGUCUGUCACGGUGAUUCUGACUGACGUCAACGACAACCCACCCCGCUUCACCCGCAGUGACUACCAGUUCAGUGUUCAAGAGUCAGUUCUGGUUUCCACGGUCAUCGCUAAGAUCAAAGCUCUGGAUCUGGAUGUUGGUCCAAAUGCUGAGAUGGACUACAGGAUCCUGGAUGGAGAUGGACUGGGAACCUUCAGGAUCAUCACUGAUCCAAACACACAGGAAGGACUGGUCACACUGCACAAGCCUCUGGAUUUUGAGACCAAGUCGAGCUUCACGCUGUACGCUGAAGUGUCCAAUCGUUACGUGGACACUCGUUUCCUGUCGAUGACUCCGUUCAGCGACGUGGUGACAAUUCGACUGCUGGUCGAGAACGUAGACGAGCCUCCAGUCUUCUCUUCCGUCAGUCGGAUGGUGGUCUCAGAGGCGGUUGCAGUGGGAACUGAUGUGGGAUCAGUUUCAGCUCACGACCCCGACACCACAAACAGCCCUGUCACGUACUUUAUAGACAGGAAGUCAGAUGUGGGGCGGUACUUUAAUAUUGACAGCAAUUCAGGUGUCAUUACGACAGCCAGACCUCUGGACCGAGAGACCAUCGCUUUUCACAACAUCACCAUCUUCGCCACAGAGAUCUUGGAUCGGUCUCAAGUGGGGAAAACUAUGGUUCUGGUCUCUGUGAUGGACGUCAAUGACAACGCUCCGAGCUUCGCCAUCGAGUACGAAACACUCGUCUGUGAGAACGCCAAACCUGGGCAGAUCAUUGAGACUCUGAGCGCUGUGGAUCGUGAUGAACCAGAGAACGGACCUCACUUCCUGUUCUCUCUCACCAUAGAGACUAAGGGGAAACUUAAAUUCACCCUGAGAGACAAUAAAGACAACACAGCGUCCGUUCUGACUCAAACUGGUUUCCUGCAGCGAGAUCAGCUGGUUCACUUCCUGCCGGUGGUGAUUUCAGACGGCGGCUCUCCGUCUCUCAGCAGCACCAACACGCUGUCCAUCACCGUCUGCGACUGCGACCACAAUGGAAACAGACGUUCCUGCAACCGAGAGGCAUCACAGCUUAUGGUGAUAGGACUCAGCACCGCCGCCACCGCCGCAGUCCUCACCUGUGUCCUCACGCUGCUGGGUGUUGUCAUAGUGACAGUUGCCCUGAGACACAGGAGGAGGGAGCCGACGAUGGAAGAUGAGCGUGAAAUUCGUGAGAACAUCGUUCGUUAUGACGAUGAAGGUGGAGGGGAGGAGGACACCAAGGCCUUCGACAUGUUCGCUCUGAGACACUUAAACAAAACUAAACAAAUGUUCCAAGACCGUGACGUCCACCCGCCGGGACUUCUCACCAAAACACCGGAGUACCUGAUGGAUAAGAACCGGCUGUUCCAGGAGUUCAUCAGGGACAGACUGCAGAAAGAAGACCUCGAACUGACGGCGCCCCCCUACGAUUCUCUGCAGACCUAUGCCUUCGAGGGCAGCGGGUCAGCCGCCGAGUCACUAAGCUCAUUAAACUCGUUGAACUUGUUAAACUCAUUAGACUCGUUAGAUUCGUUAGACUCAUUAGAGCCCGAGCAGAACUACGACUUCCUGAAAGAGUGGGGGCCGAGGUUCAGGAAGCUUGCAGACCUCUACGGACACAAUGAGGAAGAUGAGUUUAACUCAUAGACCUCAGACUGCAGCAACCAUAGGGGGCUUAAAGGGACACUUCGACAGGUGUGUCAAUACUACAGGUACUGGUUCAACUUCCUGUUUAUCUCUCUGUGCUGUCUGUAUCUUUGUUGUCUGAACUGGAUAUGGAUCAGGAUUAUAUGUGGAUCAGGAUCACAAUCCAUCUCAGGCCAGCAGAGACGGGAGUGUCUUUUUACCCAGCAUGCAUUUCUGUGGUUUUGGAGGAAACUGGAGUUACACAGAGCUCAGGACUUAAACCUAAGCAUCCUCCCUGAUAUCGGCCAUGUUUGUAGUCCCAUCAGAGACAGCAACAUUUAAAGCACCUCAUCAAUAACAUUCACCAUCGCUGUUUAAUUGUGCACUAAAACAUCCUUAUUAGGACGCAUAGUUCUGUUUUGGACAGAAGAAUGAAGUUUGUAACUGUACUGAUACUUUAAUGUGUGACAGUUUUCUUCAGAUGCUAACAAACAUCAACAUCAGCAUCAACAGUUAAUCUCACCUCCAAAACUCACUCAAACCACCAGAACACUUCACACACAUCUCAAAAUACUGGCAACAACUGUGACUCAUAACACACUGACUUAAUAAUCACAUAGACCAUUUUAUCUUUGAAGUUUUAAUGACUUUUUACAUCAGUCAGUAUUUUAUUAAGAGGAAUAACACCUUUUCUCUUCAUUGACUCUACUAAAGUAAAUGUAACAAGAAUAAAUCAGAAAUACAGAAAUUUGCUUUAAUCUCCUUUAUUUCUAUAUUAUUGCAUAAAGUCAUUUAUUUGUGCAAAAUAAAGAUUAGCUCCAGCUCUCCUUCGUCCUCAUCAUCUUCUUCAUCCAUGUUUUCACACUAAAUCCCUGUGAAGCUUUUUGUGUGUUUGGUAACGAGAAUAAAAACAAGACAUCUGGGUUUGGAGUGAUUAUUUCAUUUUAUUGUAAAUAUUCUGCUCAGAUUUUUUACAUAUAUCAAUAGAGUUACUACAAAAUGCAUGAAAUGUUUCUAACAGUUUGUUCAGAUUUUAAAAUGUGCUUCAGAUAUAAAGUGUUUUUUUCAGGUUGGUGGAGUUUGAACGAGAAAAGAGUUCAUGGAUUUUGGAACAUCGUGUCAUUGAAUAUAUUUUGUGUGAAAGUAAUGGAAACUAAUUCAAAGUGUUUCACUGACUGAAUGUUAGCAAUAAAAAAUUUGUAAUAAUAAAGUUAUUUAU